CCCUCUGUCCCAGAAAGGAUGGAAUUCUCACAUUUCGAGAUCUAGGAGAGGAUUUCACAAACAUGACUGUGGAGCCACCAGAUGAACUACAAUUCCCAAUCCUUGGAGCCUUACCAGAACUGAAUAUGGGGCUACCGGAUGAGGAAGAACUCUUCCAAUUCCAUGAAGCACAGUUUGCACAACUUGUUGGAAGUGAUAUUACUGGAGGGCAAAAUGAAGGAAUCAGUUCAGUGCAUGCUGAUGAUGAACAACAUCAACCUAAUCGAGAUGGAUGGCCCAUACUAGACCUCAAUGCACAUCCUCCUGAUGAUGAGCAGCAAGCAGUUGGAGAGGACAUACCUGACCUCAAUGUGCAGUGCAGGCUACUUAUGAUGACCACCAACCAGAUGGAGAAGCCAUACCAGACCUCAAUGUGCAGCCUGCUAAUUUUGAUCAGCAACCAGAUGGAGAUAUUGCCUUUGAUGUUAUUGAUGAACAAGAUGAUUUUGAUCUCAAUUUACUAGUCCCUGCCCAACACGAAGAAAUGC